AUGUCUGUCAAGCUGGAGGCGUCGCCGGCGGAGUCGUUCCUAUCUGCUCCCGGUGAGGUGUACUCGUCCCUCUUCUCACAAGCAUCCGCCUCGCCAUCAGCACCCGCAACCCCACACAGUCUGGAUGGCGCAGACGUGUCUGUCAUCGACGAGGAUGAGCACCGGGAGAAGUCGGUCUCGUUUGACCUGGACGACGCGGGAGUGACCAAGACGGAAGACUCUCCGGUCACAGAGAAGAAGACAAAGAAGCGGAAGUCAUGGGGCCAGGUACUGCCCGAGCCCAAGACCAACCUGCCGCCACGAAAACGUGCAAAGACCGAAGACGAAAAGGAGCAGCGGCGUGUGGAACGGGUUCUGCGGAACCGCCGUGCCGCCCAGUCGUCUCGUGAGCGCAAGCGGCUUGAGGUCGAGGCCCUCGAGGAGCGCAACAAGGAGCUAGAGGCGCUCCUGCUCAACGCCCAGAAGGAGAACCUGAUGCUGUAUCAGCGGCUGACCCAGGCCGAGGGCAAGUCGGUCGUGAUGACGUCUAGCCGGAGCACGCCCGUCACGCUCUCGCAGGAGCUCUUCAGCUCGCAGGACGGCCACGCCUCGCUUCUCGGUGGCGGUUUUAUGUCUCCACAAGACGCAAACACAAUCGACCCCGUCUCGCUCUCGCCGCCGCUCAACCCGGUUCGCGAUACGACCGACAACGACGGCCACGGGGCGACGGAACAGCAGCCGGUGCCGCUCUCGCUGCCACAACCGAUCCACCAGCAGCAGCUGCUCCAAGACCUGGCCCAGCCAGCAGCCGACGUCGCCGCUCUGGCGUCGUCCCUCCUUGGGCCCUCCCCCGACAAGACACAACGUCCUGCUGCGACGCUGUGCCCAGACCUGCAGUGUCUGUCGGCGGAGGUGUCCCCGGGCUGGACGAUGCCGCAGCCGUUGACGCUGGCGCACACGGCCUUGCUCUGCCAGCUGAUGCUGACCUCUCUCUCUACGAUGACUCUCUUGGCUUUCCGGCAUCCUCUGACCCUGAUAGCUUUGUCCUUGAAGCAGGGUUUCUCGAUUCCCCCGACUCGGGCAGUUCUGAAUUCAAUUAUCUGGUUGACAACGAGGCCCUACCGCCACUCCUCGGCGCAGGCUUCGACAUCAACGACUUCCUCAAUGCGGACGGGGCGCAGCAGUCAUCCGGCUACGACGUCCUCGUCGGCAGCUGCGGCCUUGUCCCGGCCGAGCCGUCUUUCUUCGACCCUGAGACUGAAGGUGCUUCGGAAGAUUCUGACCAGCAACCCCAUGCUGGCGCGUCCUCUAGUGGAUGCGACGAUGCGGGUAUUGCGGUUGGUGUGUUCUGAGAAGCCACUUGACGUUGUACGGGUUGGUGGAGAGGCUGGCGCGGCUGGGAUGCGGCUUGCGCAGCUGUCGGCGGACGGCGCGGCGGACGGCGCCUGGCCUUGGCCGGGCGGCCGGGCCACGCUUCCGUCCAAGGAGGCACUGAUCACGUUGCUCUGGACGCUGCGGGUUUACGAGAAGCGCGGCGUUCGGACUUCGCUGGGAGCGAGUACCACUACCACCACCACAAUCGGACAAGUCAAGGAGUGUUGGAGCAAGCAGCCUUUAACAAAGGGAUUGCCCGGAUGGAAGCGACGCAGAGAUGUACGCGGAGAGAGCCGGGCGCUUGGUGGUGACAAACACCGGCGGCUGAACUAG